AUGGAGAAAUUGCAAGCAACAUUAAAUCUAACUUUACGCCAUAAAUACAAUCAACAACCGUUGCCUCGCCACAUAAGAGUUCAUUUUUCAUUCCCACAAAAACCUGGAAGACGGGGACUUUCUUACUGCUGCUUAUGUUGCUUCCUUAAUCCUUCUUUAUAUGCUUAUUUUCAAUUGGAUUCUUUCCCAAAAGCAAAAGCAAAAUUGCUGGUCAGUGUGCUCACAUAUGAAAAAAAAGGUCAGUCAGUGGCGCGUUUGAAAGCAGACAAUAAAGAACGAUUCAAUCAAUCUUCGAUGACACCACUGGUCGGUCGGUCGGUCAGUCGUUGCUUUAACAAUAAGUAG